AUGAAAAAUUGGUGGAUUCGCCUUGGAGAUGCGCUUCCAAUUAGCGUAAAUUCCGGGUUUGCGGACUUUUUGGUCGGAUUUUGGGAGGUCGGGGGGUCAGUUUUAGAAGGUCUUCUGAGGUCGAGUAGAUCAGAACUUUUGGGAGUUUCAGUAGAUCUUCGGAGAACGAAGCUUUGUUUCGGGCUUCAGAAGGCUUCAGACGACGUCAGGUUGCUUCAGAAGGCUUCAGAUGACGUCAGGUGGCUUCAGAAGGCUUCAGAUGACGUCAGAAGACUUCAGUUGGCUUCAGAUGGCUUCAGAUGACUUCAGACGACGUCAGAUGGCUUCAGAUGACUUCAGACGACGUCAGGUUGCUUCAGAAGGCUUCAGAUGACGUCAGGUGGCUUCAGAAGGCUUCAGAUGACGUCAGGUGGUUCAGAAGACUUCAGAUGACUUCAGAAUAAGAAAAUUGAAGACUUUGCGAUUUAUAAUGGAGCACGCCUUCAGAAUAUUGAAGUUUGACCUCAAGUCGAUUCAGAACCGACUCGUAGCCCAGUAA